GCUAUGUCGAGCACGGACACGGACGCUCCGUGGUCGGGGGAGGUGAGGGUGAGCGCGCCGGGGAAGGUGAUCCUCCACGGCGAGCACUCCGUGGUGUACGGCAAGCGCGCCGUGGCCCUCAGCCUCGACCUGCGCACGCACCUCACGGUCAGCGCCGCCGCCGACUCGGUCUCCCUCUGCCUCCCCGACGUCGAAAUCAACAAGACGUGGUCGCUGGAGGAGCUGCGGGCCCUGUGGAAGCAGUUGGGCUGCACGCAGGCCGCGGACGCCGCGCCGCUCGCCGACGCCCAGGCCGCCAUCCUGCGCAAGUUCCUGGGCAUCGAGGCGGACGCCGGCAGCCCGCCUCGCAAGCUGGCCCUGCUGUCGUUCCUCCACCUGUACCUGGCCAUCCUGCCUCAGCCUCUGCCCCUGCAGAUCUCCGUCAGCAGUCAGCUCCCAACCGGCGCCGGCCUCGGUAGCUCCGCGGCCUACGCGGUGUGCUUGUCGGGGGCGCUGCUCCACAUCGCGGGGCGCCUCGACCCGGGCGAGGACCAGGCCAACCUGGAGAAGGUGUGCCAGUGGGCCUUCAGGAGUGAGCAGAUCAUCCACGGGACGCCCUCGGGCAUCGACAAUUCCAUCUGCACAUACGGCGGCGCAGUCAACUUCAAGGGCGGCGCCAGCACGCCCGUUGAAGUGCCUCCUCUGCGAGUGCUGCUCGUGAACACGAAGGUGCCAAGGAGCACCAAGGCGCUCGUCACGGGCGUCCGCGAGCGUCGUGAGCGGCACCCGAGUGUCAUGGACCCGAUCCUGGACGCGCUGGACUCGCUGGCCGAGCGAGGGAUCCAGGCGCUGCACGACCUGGCCUCGGCCGCCAGGGACCACGACCGCGCCGCCGCCCACGAGACCAUCGGGGAGCUCGUGGAGGUCAACCACUCGUUGCUGUGUGCCCUGGGCGUGUCGCACCCGAGCCUGGACCGCCUGGUGGGCCUGGCGCGGGCGAACGGCCUCCGGGGCAAGCUGACGGGCGCGGGCGGCGGGGGCUUCGGGAUCGUGGUGGAGGGCCUCUCCGACGGGGAGGACGUGGCCAAGUGCUGCCACGAUCUCGAGAGCCACGGCUACCAGGUGUGGCGCACGUCCCUCGGGGCGCCGGGCUUCACCAUCCACCACGCGCAGUAACGGCAUUUACUUUGGUUUCCUAGAUAUUGUUUUAGUCAUGACACUCUUGAUAUUAUUACCAAGCAUUGAGUAGAACUGGAUGUAAUCCUGUUAGUGGUUCCCAAGUGAAAGGCUUGACCAUGUCUGUGAUUAGUAAAUAUUUCACGAUUUAGCACACGAAGGCUGUAUUUUGAAUUUAGGUCUGUGCUUGACAUUUCGUUCGCUUUCGGCGAUACAAAAUACUCCUGUUACAGCAUUUACAUCAUUUGUUAUUGUAAUCAUGUCAUUUAUUUUAAUAAAUGAUCCGGGCAUGACAAGAA